AUGACAAGAGUGACAAGUUUUUCUGGUUCCAAUGAUUCAACGUGCAGCCGCCGCGGAAUACAGGAGACCGAAAAGCGCUGGCGGUCGGCUAUCUUAAAGGGUGAUGUACCCGAAAUCAGCCGUCUUUUGGCUGAAUCGCCGGAGCUCGCUAACUGGAAAACCGCGCUUCACUAUGCAGCCAAAGUCAACGACGUCUCCCUGCUGCGUGUCUUGGCAGGCAACUACCGUGCUGAUGUUGAAAGCAAAAAUCAUGGUCUCACUCCUCUGCAUGUUGCAGCUCAAGCCGCCAGUGUUGACUUUGUGGAGCUCAUAAUGUCACAGUUCAGUAAGUUGCUGAUCCUGUCCCCCAUUUCGUCUUCUCUUUUCAUUUUAUUCCUGCAUGUAAUAUCUAUACUGCACUGA